AUGUCAACGAACGCAACGAAACGGAAAUUCAAUACCUUAUUGAAGGGCUUAGGAUCAUCAAGCGCGAAAGCCGCUAACGACACGUCGGCGCACGAGACCGGCUCGCCAUCAAAUCGCUCAACUACUUCUCCUGGCUCAGAAACUCGUCUAUCCGGCGCAGAUGCCGAAUUACUUCAAAAGCGUCGAAGACUAGGCUUUCCGGACUCAACGGCACCCAGAGCUGGCAAAAAAACAAACCUAUCUGCGACCCUCUCUGCCAUCGUUUCCCGACGUACACAAGCACAAGACUCGUCCAAGAGAUCAACAGGGGCACCCGCGCGAUAUGCACCAACCGAUCGAGAAGACCUUUUGAAAAGGCUCGGCACGUUCCAAGAAAUAACAGACUGGACUCCAAAGCCGGACAAAGUGAACGAGAUAGAAUGGGCAAAGCGUGGAUGGGUUUGCCAUGGCAAGGAAACUGUUCGAUGUCUUCUCUGCCAUCGAGAAUUGGUUGUUAAACUCAAUCGCAAGGUUGUGGAUGGAAAGGAGGUUCCUGUUCUUGUGGCAUCUGAGAUAGAGGAUGCAUUGGUAGACAAGUAUGCCGAUCUCAUUGUUACUUCACACCAGGACGAUUGUCUCUGGCGUAAGCGGGGCUGUGAUGAUUUCCUUCUCCGGUUGUCCUUAACCAAUGCAACUACGAGUCUUGCGGCUUUACGUGAGCGCUAUGAUGAGCUGCUAGCACGAAAAUCAUUUUUGCCCUAUGAGUUCAAUCUUCGACUGCCAGAGGAGUUAAACUUGGACAAUGUUCUUUCGCAUCUACCGAACGACUUCUUCACCAAGCCCCCACCAGCAAAGGAGGCGGAGGCUCAGCCAAACCGGGUCGCACUAUCGCUUGCCUUGAUGGGAUGGCAAGGCCUCAAUAACGCUCGUAUCGGUGCAGUGCCAAACUCGGCAUCAUGCCAUACCUGUCUCAGGCGACUAGGAUUGUGGAUGUUUAAGAGCAAGGAAGUGGGUGAGAAUAAUGAGGUUCUGGUACCGGCCCCUAUGGACUUCUUGGACCCAGCUCGAGAGCAUCGCUUCUUCUGUCCAUGGGCGAACUCUGAGACCCAGAAGCAGGCACAUUCCCAGAAGGCUGCUGGGCAGGACUUGCCAGGCUGGAAGGUGCUGGUGCGAACCAUCGCAAAUGAAGCACAUCUUCGCAGUGUUUAUGAGGGACGUUCGCCUGCGAGACCGCGAACGGAACGAUCAAUGGGAGCACCAUCUACACCUCAGAGGCCUGGAACGGCCGCUUCCAUCAACAGACCAAUUCAGACCCCUGGUUCCGUUGGGGCAGGUGUUGACAAUGUCGAAGAAGAUGAGAGAGAGAGAGACGUAAAAGAUAAGGAGAGAUGGGCGAGGUUGAAGAGAGUCAAGAGUUUGUUUGAUACGAAAGGGAGCAGGAAGCUGAGGCACUCGAUAAGCAAGUCCAUUAGUAGACCCGGAACUGCGACUUCGACAAAAUCGGCCAAAUCAAAUGGAGGCCAGGCGGAAUGA